AUGAAGGUGUUGGAUUCUCCGUUCGAAUCUCUCGCCGUUAGUUAUUUGAGCUACGGAGUCUACACCGCCGUCAACAAUAUGUUAUGGGCGUGGAUAGCCGUUUUCACGGCGUCCGUUAGCUGGUGGAGGAUCACCAGGGCUUUAUCAUCAUCACCAUCACCAGUACCGCUUCUGUCAAGACCGGAGCAAUCAACACCGCCGCCGCCGCCUCGUCCGGAACCUGCGGCGGUGGAGGUGGCCGGCGAGCCCACGACGUCGUGUGAAUGCAGCCCGAAAGGGAAGUACUUCAGCAUGUAUAAUUAUGAUAAUGAGCAAGGCGGCGAAGAUGACGUUGACGGCGGAAGCAAUAUUAACGGAGGUGGGUCGGUGGUGGUAGAGAAAUUAGGGCGGCGGGUGGACGAUUGGGAGAGAGUGAUGGUGGUGAUGAAAAUGGGAGAUAUGGGGUGGUACAGAUGCCAGGAUUUUGAUGUCCUGGACGGAAGUGUUGUGCGGUUGUGGGAUGACGACCGCCGCCGCCACACUGGUGGCGGAUUGCGGCGUCACGUGGUAGGUGUAGAAAAUGUAGGUGGUGUAUGGUUGUAG